CCGCCCAGUCCUUUCGGUCCCGGCGGCGGCAGCGCUGAACUAGCGGCGCCCAAUAUCCGGCUGUCUCUCUCUGCCUCUCUGCGCCUCCGCUCCGCUCUCCGCCCGCCGCCAUGACGGAACAGGCCAUCUCCUUCGCCAAGGACUUCCUGGCCGGGGGCAUCGCCGCCGCCAUCUCCAAGACGGCCGUGGCCCCUAUCGAGCGCGUCAAGCUGCUGCUGCAGGUGCAGCACGCCAGCAAGCAAAUCGCGGCCGACAAGCAGUACAAGGGCAUCGUGGACUGCAUCGUGCGCAUCCCCAAGGAGCAGGGCCUGUUGUCCUUCUGGCGGGGCAACCUGGCGAACGUCAUCCGCUACUUCCCCACGCAAGCCCUCAACUUCGCCUUCAAGGACAAGUACAAGCAGAUCUUCCUGGGGGGCGUGGACAAGCACACCCAGUUCUGGAGGUACUUCGCAGGCAACCUGGCCUCGGGCGGGGCGGCCGGCGCCACCUCUCUGUGCUUCGUCUACCCGCUGGAUUUCGCCCGGACCCGCCUGGCGGCCGACGUGGGCAAGUCGGGCAGUGAGCGCGAGUUCAAGGGCCUGGGAGACUGUCUGGUGAAGAUCACCAAGUCCGACGGCAUCCGCGGGCUGUACCAAGGCUUCAACGUGUCCGUGCAGGGCAUCAUCAUCUACCGCGCAGCCUACUUCGGCAUCUAUGACACCGCCAAGGGCAUGCUCCCCGACCCCAAGAACACGCACAUCGUGGUGAGCUGGAUGAUCGCGCAGACGGUGACGGCCGUGGCGGGUGUGGUCUCCUACCCCUUCGACACGGUGCGGCGUCGCAUGAUGAUGCAGUCGGGGCGUAAAGGAGCCGACAUCAUGUACAAGGGCACGGUGGACUGCUGGCGGAAGAUCCUCAAGGAUGAGGGCGGCAAGGCCUUCUUCAAGGGCGCCUGGUCCAACGUGCUGCGUGGCAUGGGCGGCGCCUUCGUGCUGGUCCUCUACGACGAGCUCAAGAAGGUCAUCUAAGCACCCGGCCGCCCGCCGCGACCGCCUCGCGCCAUCCCUCACUGUGACGGACCACCGACUUCGAGAAAUUCCAGCGUCCCCGCCGGGGCCGGGCCGCCCCGCGCUGGGGGCUCCUCACCGGCGGACCAUCGGCCCUGGGUCCACGCGUUGAUUGGGGUGGGGGGAGAGGGCAAUCGGGGGAUCUCCGUGGGUCCACAGUCGAGGCAGCUCCGCACACCAGACCUAGACUCCAGGUGCUUGUAGGACCGACCCGUGUUUAAGUAUUUAUUUAAGAAAAUCAUGUCUCCAUUUGUACUUAAGCACUAUCCUCUCUUUGCACAGCCGGGUACUCGCGACUAUGUUUCUCCGUCGGGCAUUUCCGCUGCGGAACAAUAAAAUCGGGACACAGAG